UCCAGCAGCGGGGUUUUAUCAUUCAUGCAUGACAUCUACGGUCAAGAUUGCAAACAUGCUCUUCAAUCCAACGGCACGUGUCAUCUCAGGGCUUCCCAUGAAAACCUCAAAUCCUCUCUUUCAGCCUCCACACACUCCUUGUCUCUCAAGAACUCAGAUUCACGGAUACGUAUACAUACCUAUAUCCAUAUCUAUAGAUAUAUAGCUAUAUUUCAUUAGUAUAUACUGGUAAAAAUAAUAAUUAGAGGUUCUUGUACUUGUGGGUCUGUUCAAGAAUCAAGAUGGAAGAAAAUAACGGUUCUGAAUCUAAUAAGGAUAAUAAUGAGACAAAUAAUAAGGGCGGUGGGCAGCAGGCGGCGCAGCCACAACAGGUAGUGACGGCGGCGGUGCCAGGACAGCCGUGGGUGGCGAUGCAGUACCCGGCGGGGGCUAUGGUAAUGCAGCAUGGGAUGAUACCUGCGCCGCAUUAUCCGCCCCACUACAUGCCGUAUCAUCAUCACCACUUCCACCAGCUUCAUCACCCACCAACGCCACCGCCGCAGCAGCACCAUAGCAACAGUAAUGGAGGAUCCAAUGGCGAGAACCGUACUAUCUGGAUGGGUGACCUCCACAAUUGGAUGGACGAGGAUUACCUCCGAAACUGUUUCGCUUCCACCGGAGAGGUGGCCUCCAUUAAGGUUAUUCGUAACAAGCAAACAGGCUUUUCCGAGGGAUAUGGAUUUGUGGAGUUCUUUACACAUGCUGCUGCUGAGAAAGUUUUGCAAACUUAUUCUUGCAUUUCUAUGCCCAACACUGAUCAACUUUUCCGUUUGAAUUGGGCUACAUUUAGCAUGGGUGACAAACGCACAAAUAAUGGUUCUGAUCUUUCUAUAUUUGUAGGAGAUUUAGCUGCAGAUGUUACUGAUAGCUUACUGCAUGAAACUUUUUCUAGUAAAUAUCCCUCUGUUAAAGCUGCUAAAGUAGUCAUUGAUGCCAACACUGGUCGAUCAAAGGGCUAUGGUUUCGUUAGGUUUGGAGAUGACAACGAAAGAUCACAGGCUAUGACUGAAAUGAAUGGUGUCUACUGUUCUAGCAGGCCCAUGCGAAUUGGUGCGGCAACACCGAGGAAAUCAUCUGGAUACCAACAACAAUAUUCAUCCCAAGGUGGGUACUCAAAUGGAGUUUCAGCCCAAGGCUUGCAACCUGAUGGGGAUACUCCAAACACAACAAUUUUUGUUGGAGGGCUUGACCCUAAUGCCGGCGAAGAAGAUCUCAGGCAGCCAUUUGUGCAGUAUGGUGAAAUAUUAUCUGUAAAGAUACCAGUGGGGAAAGGAUGUGGGUUUGUACAAUUUGCUAAUAGAAAUGAUGCAGAGGAAGCAUUGCAGAAGUUGAACGGUACAACAAUUGGAAAUAAAACUGUACGGCUUUCUUGGGGACGUAAUCCAGCAAAUAAACAGUCGAGGGCUGAUUUUGGAAACCAGUGGACUGGGGCAUACUACGGAGGGCCUUAUUACGAUGGCUAUGGAUAUGCUGUGCCGCCCCAUCACGACCCAAGCAUGUAUGCUGCAGCAGCCUAUGGGGCUUAUCCCGUGUACGGGGCCUACCAACAGCAAGUAAGCUGAAAGACUGCUGAAAAGAAGUUUUCACUGAAAUACAGCACUCAUGGCUUGAUAUCUUUGUAUCCAACUCCAAGUGUGGAGUGGCACUGAAUUUUGCCAUUCUGAGCUAGUCCUCUAGGAAUUUAAUUGAACAUUUGUUUAGAAGUGUGGUCUCGAACUAAUAACUUCUCGACUGGAAUAAAUUAUCUUACGUUGGUAUGUCUAUCUUGUGUGCAUUAUGUAAAUCCGCAUUUUCUGAGAUGUGGGGAGUAUCAUGCACAAACCUUCUUCUAUC